GUUUUGCUGGGUGCUUCCGAGGCAGUCUCUGCAAUCUUCCGUUAUGCCACACGUGCGGAGUGCAAGUGCUCGCAUUAUGCGUCGGGCGCUGGCUGUUCAAAACGGAUACUGUGUGCAUUUACCUAUUCGUUUGCCCCUGGAUGGUUUGGUGCCACCUACGUGUCUCCCACCACCAGGGCUGGAGCGGGCGACUGCCGAUUUGGUUCUAGAUUAUCUCUUGUUGCGCGAUCCACCUGUUGUUAAACGCAGUUUGGAGGAGGAGGAGGCUGACAUUAAGACUGUUUCGGAGAAUCUUUCUUGCCGUAUGCAGGCUUCUGAAUCGCUGGUUGAUGUUGGAGUGCAGACGGUUGAUGUUGCGGACUUUCAUUGUGAAGUCGGCUGUCAGACAGAUAGUGUCGUUGGGAUGGAGGGAGGAGCUUCAGGAGUUCUUCUUGGGAAAGUGACUGCGGCGGCGGAGGUGGAUCUGGAGGCACCCUCGAGUGCGGAGUCUUCUCCGAACGUGCAGUCUGAUUCUGAUAGCCGCGCCUUGUCAGGAGCGUCCCAGGGGCGUCUGAAUCGUCCCGUCACGCUCAAUGAGGUAUCGAAGGAGUCGCGCCAGAGGACUCGAGGGAGAGAUCGUGACAAGGUCAAGGGGACAACGACGUGCUCUCAGGCCACCAUUGCCGAUGUCAAAGCGUGGAUUGACGCUGUUGCCAGCAUCAACGAGUUGAAUGCGAUCCAGUAUUUAAAGAACGGAAUGGAUUUGUUUGAUAAGCUGGUGACAGAACGUGGGUUCCCUACAAAGAAGGCCCAAAAAGAUUAUGCUCGGAAACUGUAUGAGAUGCUCCAGACUGUGCAAGCGACGCUGGAGGAUCUUCUCGGAUUCUUCGAGGUGCACAGGUUCUUGACAGGACAAAUGAACCGCGCCGAGAUGGCCAAGUUUCUUGAGGUUUCCAAGUGCAGCGAUUACCGAAUAAUAUUCUUCGGACGCCCGAGGAGUUUCGACAAGUUGGGAUGAAGCUAUUCGUGCGCACUUGUAGGCAACUUUCGGUUUAGAACAGCGAAGGCUGUAAUGCUUGUAUCUCACCUGUUCUUGUUUUCCUCACUUUAUCUCUCUGUUUGACCUCUCGCUGGAGCCAUGAUGGCUCUACGGCCCGCUGUGGGCCCCACUGAGCGCUUCAGGUGUGUAAAGGGCAGGAGCCCCUCAUAUUCUUCAGGUGACGUUCUUCCAGGGGUUGUUUCCCCGUCUAAUUCGUUGAUUACUUCACAUGUGACGUUGAGCAUACGCCUCUUGUCAUGCGGCGGGUUGAACAUGCGUAUUUCGGACUGGUUUGAUGUGAAUAAGAGUUUGUGCUCACUCACGCCUUGCCUGUUUGGAUACGUCCGCUCCUUGCUCCGACUAGGCUGGAAAGCCUGCACAGUCGACCGCAAAGUCCGCAAAAGAA